AUGUACUUGUCCGGGCCAUCUCUCGUCUUUGUCGCUACUGGCAUCAUCGGGGCUAUCAUAUCAUUCUCAAUCGCCGGAGCACCAGCUGCCGCUGCAGUGAACCAAUCCUCUGCCACAAUCUGGGCUGAACUGUAUAAACGUGGAGCUGCUUCAAUGCCAAAGUUCGCCGUCGGCACUUCUCUGGCUUACAUAUUUGCGGCAUACGGUGCUUAUGGUAGCAAGGGACCAUGGGCGAGCGAUCUGGGAGCCGCUGGUUGCGUCUUGUCGAUCGUACCCUUUACUCUGACAGUCAUGAAAGAUGUCAACGGGUCUUUGCAUGAAGAAGCCGGCCGAGAAGCCAGCGAGGAAACGCAAGUCCCCAAGGUGCGCGUCAAGGGCCUUCUGGAUCGAUGGAUCACCUUGAACCUCGUUAGAGGGCUCUUGCCGUUUGCUGGAACAGCCUUGGGCUGCUUUGCAUUUUACCAUGAUGGAUUCUAGUG